AUGUUGUUCUCUACCGCCCUGCUGGCACUCCUCCCGGCAGUCCUCGCGGCCCCUGCUCCAUUGAUCCAACCCCACGACCCGUCCGCUAAGCUCAUCCCAGGUAAAUACAUUGUCAAGUUCAAAGAUGAUUCCUCCGACGUCCUGAUCAGCAAGGCCCUUGGUGGUCGAAAGCCUGAUUACCUUUACAAAUCCAAAGGGUUCAAGGGGUUCGCGGGGGCUCUUGAUGCUGCCUCACUAGACAAGAUCAGGGGCCUCCCAGAGCUAGUCUCGAAGCGGUAUCUCAUCACGCAAGCCAACGCCCCCUGGAACCUGGCGAGGAUCUCGAGUCAUACGCUUGGGUCGACGGUGUACAGGUAUGACAACAGCAGCGGGUUUGGGACUUGUUCGUACGUGAUUGAUACGGGGGUUCAGGUUACGCAUCCGUUGAAGCAAUUCGCCGGCAACGCCGCCUGGGGCACCAACACUGCCGGUGACGGGAUCAACACCGACUCCAACGGGCAUGGCACCGCGCUUGCUGGCGUCAUUGGUGCGCAGAUUUAUGGUGUGGCGAAGAAGUCAAAGAUUGUUGCUGUCAAGGUGUUGGGUGCUUCUGGUUCGGGGACCACGUACGUUCCCCCCUUCUUCCCACCCCCCCCUCUUCUCCUAUCGUGUCUAACCUUGUGUAGAUCAGGUGUAAUCGCCGGAAUGAACUGGGUCAUCCAAGACAAGGCCACUCGUGGCUGUCCAAAGGGUGUUUCGGCCAAUAUUGCGCUUGGGGGGUCCUUCUCCGCAGCUAUGAACAACGCUGUUGCUGCCAUGGUGUCCAACAAUGUGUUUGUGGCUGUUGCUGCUGGGGGGAGUAACACUAAUGCUGGAAACACAUCCCCGGCGAGCGCGCCGCAGGCUUGUACCGCUGCUGCGAGCACGGCGAGUGAUGCGAGGGCUAGUAGUUCGAAUUAUGGGGCUGUGAUUGAUAUUUUUGCGCCGGGGGAGAGGAUUUUGACGGCUUGGAUUAAUGGGGGGACGGUGAGUAAUUUCCCUACUCUGGGGGGUUUGGGGUCGUAUUUGUUUGGGCUGCCGAAUGCGAGUCAGACAGGGGCAAAUAUGUGUGCUUAUAUUCAGAGCAUUGCUACGGUGGGUGUGUUGACGGGGGUGCCGGCGGGGACGGUGAAUUUGUUGGCUUAUAAUGGGUGGGAUUUGUUUACUUUCCCCUGA